AACCUACUACCAAAAGAAGGGACCAUUUUAUCAUUUUGUCACAUAUUUUUCUCUAGAACUCUCACUCAAAAGAAACUGCUUUGCGAAACAACUCAUAAUAUACAUUGAUUUGAGACGCAACCUUUUUGGAAGAGAAAAGAAACUUAGUCACGAGAAAGUGAGGUGUUGUUGACAAGGAAAUUAAAUUAAAGGCUAAAAAUGGAGGAGAAAAAUGAAGAAGUGAUGAAGAUGAAAAGUAGUGGGAGUGAGAGUCAGGUGAUGGACGGUUCAGAUAUAAUGAAGUUAGUUGGAAAUGAGGCUGUGUUUAGUAACUUUGUAGAUCAUAAGUUUCAAGAACUAGACAUAGACCAAGACGGCAAACUUUCAGUUAACGAGUUACAACCUGCUGUUGCUGAUAUUGGUGUUGCUCUUGGUUUACCUGCUCAAGGUUCUUCUCCUGAAUCUGAUCAUAUCUACUCUGAGGUUCUUCAAGAAUUCACACAUGGAAAGCAAGAGAAAGUAAGCAAGACUGAGUUUAAAGAGGUUCUUUCAGAUAUUUUACUAGGCAUGGCUGCUGGUUUAAAGCGAGAUCCUAUUGUACUCCUUCGUAUGGAUGGCGAAGACCUUCUUGAGUUCGUUAAAAGUCCUUCAUUCGAACCAGAGACGCUUUCCAUGUUCUCUGAGAUAGAACUGCCUGAUGGAUCCCUUAAAGAUUACAUCAUCAAGGCUUUUGAGAAACUUACGGUUGAUCAGGGGAUGCCUCCUGCAUCAGAUUCAUGGGUAAUGAGUAAUGUGGUGGAGCCAGUAGUUGAAUCCUGCAUUGGAGCAUCUAACGAGCAACCUGUUUCACAAGAGACAUUUUUGGCUGAAUUUAAGAAAGUUGCAGAGAGUGCUGCUCAACGUCUCAAGGAGCAGCCGGUGAUUGUUGCUCACAGCGAGAACACAUUUGAUGGAAGUGGAAUUAAAAGACUAUUGUCUAACAAGUUUGAAUUGGAUAAGACGCUGGAUUCUGCCUUAAAGACUGUACCCAGAGAUCGCCAUGGGAAAAUGUCAAAGGAAUACCUACGAGUUGCACUCGAUGUUGUUGCACCAUCAGCUGGUUUACCUCCCAUUGGUGCUGUUGACCAGAUGGAUAAGGUCGUCAAAGAGGUGUGUAAGAUGCUUGAUGCUGAUGACGGAAAGAUGGUUAAAGAGGAAGAGUUCAAGAAGUUGUUGACAGAAAUUCUUGGCAGCAUGAUGCUGCAAUUAGAAGGAAAUCCAGUUUCAGUGUCCACGAACUCUGUCGUGCACGAGCCUCUGGCUUCUUCCUCUACACUCUUGCAGCCUCCGUCUAAUUCUGAGAUGUAACUGAUCUUAUGGAAACUAGAACAAAAAGAAUAACAGGGGAUGUAUUAUGUAAAUUUCUGUUAGAAAUUAAAGGCUGAGAGAUACUGCCUUACUAAUACCGCAUCCAUUUGAGCAAAUUAACUGUGACAUGAGGUCUCUGAAUACCUUAAAGUUUGAAUGAGUAGUCUUAUUCUCAUAAUA